AUGAUCGAGACCAACCCCCCCUAUAUCAAAAUGCCUCCGCACCAGCGCUCAGACACCGACACUUACCCUGAAGUUUUACUCAUUUUCUCAUGUUUUGUCUCUCCUGUCUUUUUUUUUAGUUAUUUUUGGCGUUGUUUGACUAACUCCUCCUCCACCUCCUCCAGUGACAGCGACACCAAAGCGAAGCGGCACGGCAAAAGGAAGCGAGGGAAACACAAAGACAAGAAGAAGAAGAUAAAGAAGAAAUUGAAGAAGUCAAAAGAAAGAGUGAAGGAGGACAGAGGCGUGAGUGAGGCACUGCCCGGCCCUUCACUGGAGCUGUGGCAGAAGGAGCCACAGGUCGACCCCGGGCCAGUUUUGACAGAUGAGCAGAAGUCCCGAAUCCAGGCUAUGAAGCCAAUGACAAAGGAGGAAUGGGACGUGAGGCAGAGCGUUAUCAGAAGAGUGGUGGAUCCUGAAACAGGGAGAACCAGGCUUAUUAAGGGAGAUGGAGAAGUGUUGGAGGAAAUCAUCAGCAAGGAGAGACACAAGGAGAUUAACAAGCAGGAGCAUAAUGUCAGGAUGUACAUAGAAGAACAGGAUGACCAGGAUGGAUCCACAUGGAAGUGCAUUGUUAGAAACAGAAAUGAGCUUGCUGAGACCCUUGAGCUCCUGAAAGCACAAAUUGAUCCUGCCCUGCUGAAAAACAAUUCUCAGCAGGAGAAUUCAUCACGUGAAAGCCCAAGUAUAGAAGAUGAAGACACCAAAAAGGGUGAAGAAGCAUCUACACAAGAAAACCAAUUAAAAAUCAAAGAAGAAAAAGACGAGGUGGAGGAACAGUCAAAGGAAUUGGAAAGUCUUCCUCUUCCUGUGGUCAAAGAGGAUGAAAACAUGAUGAAAAUAGAGAAGGCUGAAGAAAAAGAAAUUAUAAAAUUGCCAGUAAGAGUAAAAUUAGAGAAGCCUUCGGAAUACAACGAAGAGAAACAAACUGUCCAAGAAGAAAGCGACUCCUUUAAAGAAAAUGUGAAGCCUGUUAAAGCAGAGGUGAAGGAAAACAAAAUAGAACCAAAAGACCUAAAGGAAGUAAAAAGUUCUACUGACAAAAUAGCAGUUCAUGAGCCCGAGAGGUUAGAAUUUUGUGUUAAUAGUGGGGAAUGAUGAAGAUUGCUGCCACCAGGCCAUCCCCAAAUAGCAGCUCCUUCGAUGAGCUCGCCCUCCAGAUCUUCAUCUCUGCUCUGGGCGCUGCUCCCAAACGUGGGGGACCUGCAACCUCAGCCAACCACAAAUCCAGGUCAAAGCUGGCUCUGGAAUGGAUUCCCUGGCUAUAAGAUGGACGCAAGUGGUAGAACUAGAAGAAAAAAAGACACUGCUGGAGGGCGUGUUUGGAGUUUGGCUGCUUCGUGCUCCACUGCUGGGCAUUUUUAAUUCGAGCGAUACGUAACAAACGAAGAUAUGAACAGCAGGAAGUACGUGAACAUUUGCUAUAAUCAAUAAGUAUUUAAAUAACAAUUAAAAAAUGCUUGUAAAUCCUUCCUGACCUAACGACACGGUUUUCUCAUCCCAGAAUUAAUCAAAACCGCUCUUCCCAAAUAAUUCACACUGUACGCGCGCACAAAAAAUGGCCCUUUUCAGUGUUUGGUAGUUAAUUUCUUCUGUAGCGCAUCUGGUCGGCCGUUUGCUGCCCAGAAUAUCCUGAUCACUUUUAAUUCUGUUCUCUUCUUAGAACUAUCGGAUACGCUUACGGCCGCCCCCACGUACAAAAGGUCUGCGAAACGAAGAAACGCAUCGGAGCGCUCUGAUUUGAGUUAAAAAGAAAUAUCAUCGAAUUAAAGGGCCGAUGGUUCCCGUUAAAGGCGUGCUCCGUAUCUUUUCAUUUCGCGUGCUACCAGGAUCAAAGCACGGCCCUGCUACACCAUCAGCCCGGACAGUGUGAGAGCCGGUGCUGCCCUUAACGCAGACCAUAUGGCGAGACGUAUCGACGGGACGACAGGGCUGCGCUCUCCUGUCAGGCCUUCUUCAUCAUUUCCACCGCAGCUCUUUU